GAAUAAUUGAGAAUUCAUUUUGCAGAAGAUCAUACUCGUUGCAGAAGUCUCCAUCGUCGUUUUUUAAUAAAGAAAACUGUUGAAGUCUGUCUAAUUCGGACUUACACUGCGAUUGGCUGAGUGGAACCAUUUGCUUGGAAACCUUUGUUAGAAGUCACGAUGGGAUGCUCUUUAUACUCGACGCAACUUGCUGUUGUCACCUUCGUCCUCAUCGUCAGUCCAAUGAUAACUGAAUCCACCUCAGUUAUACCGAACGGAUCCACCACAAAUAAGACAACUAUUGCCACUACCACUAAUAGAACGACGGAGUAUACAUCACAGCCGGCCUUAAACACUGAGACCGAUGGAUACCAAACAGAUACAAAAUCCUCGCCAACGGAAAACAGUGCAACACCCACUACACUAGUAGUUCCUACAUUCUGGAGGACAAGCUAUGUGGUGAUUUGUGGUGCCAGUGUCCUAGCAUUGAUGAUAGUGUUUGGGUUGGUACCUCUGGUGUCAAUCACUAUGGAUAGACUCUACUCCAGGCGUAAACGAGAGACGGUCACGCUUAACAGGAUGGACCGCAUCGUCGGGACACAGCUUCGAAUGUCACCAGGCCUUCGUCUUGACUUGCACGUCGACGGAAGCGUUGAAGACGAUUCUGUUCUGAUGAUGCCCGAACAAUUGAUGCCUGAACCAUCUCAGCGUCCGGCCAGUGCCGACCAAACGACUCACCCCCCCGUGGAAGACGCUCCCAUCGGCGUCUCUCCUCGUCGUGAAAUUCAAGUUGGAAUCGGACACUACGAGGAAUGUAAAUUUGCGAGAGCUUCUGCCGAAAGUCUCGAUUUGUUGAUGGACAUGAGCGAUCUAGACGAAGCAAAGGUAGCCAUCAAGUCAACCCGUGAUGCCGAAGCACUGCGAUUCAGAUCGUACUCCGCUGACCCCUCCUGUAGCAGCACCAAUCAGCAGAAGUCUACUACCAGACUCUACUCCAACCCAGAGAGUGGUGCGAGGAAGGGUAGAAACACCCUACCAGAAGCCCCCGUGGAUAUGAACUUCAACAUCUCCACCACGGGCAUGGAUGACUUAAGGGAUGCAGACUGCAGCUCUACAACAACCCCGUUUGCCAGAGAGGAGAGCGUUGACAUGUACGGGCCUGAUUCCCCAACUUCUGCAGACUGUAAAAACGAAUCGUUCAUCUAUUCGCCUUCAGCAUCUGCAGUUGUUGCGUACCACGAGAAGCUGAAGAAGCCAGCGGCAGACUCCAACCCUCCUAGGAAUUCCCUCCCAGUCGGUCCACAUGUCUACGAGGAACUCAAAGACAUGCGAACCGGCAAUGAAGCUGCAACCUCCGAAGAGAACGAAGCAGCACCCCGCCGUGACGACUGCAAGAUCACCUUCCCGCAGUACUUCCAGCUGAACGAUCGGGUGAUUGAGGACGCCAGGGCGGCCGCUGGGCACGUGAAACCCCGCACGGCUCAGACCCUACCCCGUCAGAACGUGCCAUACUCCGUGUCGCUUCUUGCGACAUCGCCCAUGGAUGAGUUCGCUGAUGUUGGUAAUGCGAACCCUGUCAGAGCCCGCCGCGGGACGGGGAUCAUGGCCGUCAUGAACCAGCAGCAAAGACUCUCUGACGGGGCUCUUGAUGAUAAAGCACCGCAAAUUCACGAGGUUAUUAAUCCGUACAGCUCUCUCCAGAAUGUAGUACCGAGUAUGAAGCCUUAUUCUAAGCUAAAUCGGGGCCCGUCUGAUGCUGCUGGUGGCAGUCCGAAGUUUCCAUCGAAGAAUGUGUACGACAAGCUGAACUUGACUGGUGGCUCUGAUUUUACAGAUCAGUCUCAGCUUCAUGAGACAAGGCUUUGAAUAAUCGAAUGUCAGAUAACUCGUCCAUCGGACAACUCGUCCGUCGGACGACUCGACGGUUCGACUUCGAGACAGAUCGUACGUCGGACAACUUGACGGUUGAGACAACUCGACGGUUGAGACAACUCGACGGAUGGAUGGCCAAGACAAGUCGACGGUUGGAUGGCUGAUCACCGCUACUAAACAAUUUAUUUUAUCUAGAUUACUAAAGUGCAGGUGGUGCCAAAAUAAAGUUAAAAAGCGGUUGGGGAUUCAAGCAGUUUGGGAUUAAACAAUUUAGGACUAGCCUAAUUAUUGAUGGACGUCAAACAUUUUUGCAGUUUUUGCAGAAAGUAUACCCCAUUGGAAAUCCACUUUGAGUAUGCCGAUUGUCUGUAUCCACUGUGGCCGCUGUAUGUAAAAAAAAAAAAAACGUAUCCUGCUGCCAUCAUCAGUUGCAUAAAUGCAUUGUCACUUUUCAACCAUUAUAAGUCAUGACUACUGAUUUUCAAAAUGUCAAAAGGGACCUAUUUUCCUCCCAGCCUCAGUUUGGUACACAUUGAUUUUAAUGGAAGAAGAAAAUGACAGCACCACAUGGAAAUAUAGUUAUGUAUAGAAUAAUUAUGCAACCUCCAAUGAUGGAAUUUGUAUGACUCCGGAGACCAAUUAAAACUUUUAAAAAGCACGCACAACUUAAUCUGCAGGGUAACCAGCCAAAAUGUGACUGGUAUACCCAGCGAAUUUUUGCUUACCAGAAAAGAAAAACAAAUCUUAAACAGCAUUCUGUGCCUAAAGCACUUAAUUUGUUGUACUAACUAUUAAAAGACGUUACCUCGAUUAUAUAAAAAAGAGAAAACAACUCAAACGAAGGUUAA